GCAAAGUACCCGGAUGUGCUGCUCUCAAACGCUGCUUUGGCUGGCCCGCUUUUUGUUUUGAAAGAACAUCAUCGGAAGUAGGCGGCGAAGCGCGAAAAUCAAAAAUAAGUUCGGUGAGGAAUAAAGCAGAACAAUGACGGAAAACACCUUCCCCAACUGCAAAGUGGAUGUUCUCGUACAGUUUUUUCGUAGUGAGGUCUUGACUUCUCAGGAGGCAAAACAUUUUACUAGAAAUGACAUAACUCCGACCCCAAAGCCAGAUGCAAUUCAGAAACUCUACAUGAGAAUCUUAGAGCUCAUGUAUCGCAUCAGGCCAGAGUGUCAUUACAUGAUGCCUAUUGCUGAGAAUGUCCCAGCAAUGCAGGAGUGGGUUGUCCCUAUCUUACAUGUUUAUCUACGCAUGUGUCAGUUUUUGCCAGUUUGUCGUAUAUAUGACUUUCAACUUAACGAUCUGCUUAAUCCAAAAGCCAAACGGACCAUCACCAUUUUGAGUGGCAUUUUGAACUUCCUUCAUUUCAGAAAACUCAGGCUGGAGAUGACCUCAGAGUACCAGCAGUCAUUUAGAGCAGACGUGGACAAAUUGCAAGCUUACACCAUGGGCGUGAAGGAAGCGGAGUGGAAGAUCGAGAAGCUUACAACCAUCCCACCAGAACAGCAGGCCGAAGCCAAGGAGCUGGCUGCAGCCCUGUCUGAGCUACAGAUCACCACCGCCCACCUGUACCAGGAAGUGAACGCAAGGAAUGAGCAGCUUGCCGAGUGGAAAAUGGAAAUUGCUGAAAGGUCGCAGAAACUGACUCAGAGCAAGGUAGAUGUGGCCACUCUGAAGGAGGAGAUAGUCAAGCUCAAGUCUCAGAUCGUGGAGUCUCCAGAGGAGCUGAAGAAUGAGAUGGAGAGAAUGAAAGAGAACGUGAAGAGCAUCAAGCUUUCUAAAGAGCGUGCAGACGAGAGGCUGGUGGAGCUGCAGAUCAAGGUGCAGGGAGUGAACCAGUACGAGGCUGAGAUCCAGCGCUUCUGCAAGCUACUGCAGGACCUCCAGAGUGGCAUGGAUAAGAUGAACAUUCUGCAGGAAGAGGACCAGACUGCGGUGGCUUUCAGAGAGAAGCUGGAGAAGGAGCUGAAGAACCAGGUGGCGGAGGAGGGCCAGCUGAAGAGAGCCCUGGGGAUGAAAAACGACAAAAUGUCCAAGCAGCAGAUCCGCAGACAGAGGAAAAGGGAGACGAGGGAACAGCAUGAGCAGAACUGCAUCGGUCAAUAUGACCAGGUGCACCAGAAAAGAGAGGAGAUCGUGGAGCAGAUACAGGAGAUCAACAGGGAAGCUCAGCAGAUCAAGGCCAAGAUCCAGGGACUCAGGGAUGUCUGCUGCCAGGAAACUGACAAGGCACAGGCCCAGUACGACCGCCUCCUGGCUGCUCUCGACCAGUUCCACAAGCGAAUUGAGAACCACGCUGUUCAGGGGAGCGAAGACAUUGUGAAAAUGAAAGCGCAUUAUUAGUCUGUACUCAUCUCCUUCUCACUUCCUUUCUUACUCCUUUGUGCUAUUUUGAGUAGUUGUCUCCUGCACCAUUUAUACUUUUCUGUAUUUACAGUCUCUUGUACAAACAUCAAAUAACGUGUCUUUAAAAAAUGAUUAGGUUUUAUGUUGUACAUUACUACUAGAUGUACUAAAUUUGGGUUUUAAAUGCCUGUUCAGAUAAAAUAAAAUAUAUUGGUUUGUGGCA